ACCGCUUCAUGUGUGUGAGCACUGAGUACCCCAGUGGACAUUUGCACCAUGGAUCCUCCAACCAGGGACUCUCCGGCCAGACCAGGCUUUCAGAGGGUUGAAGUCCAUAAGACAACGUGGGACGUCCCUCAAAGAUACACAACGCUGUGGGCUGUCGGCUCCGGGGCCUACGGGACAGUUUGCUCCGCCAUUGACCAGAAGACUAAGGAAAAGGUGGCCAUCAAGAAGCUAUAUCGUCCUUUCCAGUCCCUCACCCACACCAAACGGGCCUACAGAGAACUCCGGCUUCUUCGUCAUAUACAACAUGAAAACGUGAUAUGCCUCCUUGACGUCUUCACACCUGAUUCCUCCGUGGAGAAAUUCCAAACUUUUUAUAUGGUGAUGCCCUUCGUAGCGCAGGAUCUGGGCCACAUCAUGAAGAAGCGGCGAUUAACCCAGCGCAUCAUCACAUACCUGUUCUACCAGAUUCUCAGAGGACUUAAAUACAUCCAUUCCGCAGGAAUCAUCCAUCGGGACUUGAAACCUGGUAACCUCGCUGUCAACGAGAACUGUGAACUAAAGAUACUGGACUUUGGACUAGCUCGGCAGACAGAGAGUGAGAUGACUGGUUACGUGGUGACCCGCUGGUACCGCGCCCCGGAGAUCAUAUUCAACUGGAUGCACUACAGUCAGACAGUUGACGUCUGGUCUGGCGCCUGCAUCCUGGCCGAGAUGAUCACCGGUCAGGUUCUGUUUCCUGGACACGACAGUAUUGAUCAACUGAAAAAGAUCCUCCGUCUGACCGGAACUCCAGACUCCACCUUGGUGCAGAAGAUGCAGAGUAAAGACGCACAAUCCUAUGUUCAAGGUCUCCCGCCGCAAAAGAAGAAGAACUUCAAGGAGGUGUUCGAGUCCAUGGAGGACAAAGCUGUGUCGCUGUUGGAGGGCAUGUUGCUGCUGGAUCCAGAGACCAGGUUGACGGCCGAGCAGGGACUGUCGCACGCCUUCUUGGCUGAAUACCACGAUCCGGAGAGCGAGCCCGGCUCUGUGCUUUACGACGACUCCUUUGAGAGCAUGGAGCUCACCAUCGGGGAGUGGAAGAGUCUCAUCCAUAUGGAGAUCAUGACCUUUGACCCUGACGAGCCCAGUAGGACAGCCAUAUAGGGUGAUGCAACAAUGCACUUCAAUUACUUCCACUGUGAAGGUGAAGUUAAAAAAAAAAGACAGAGGUAUCACUCCCUACAUUAUUGACAUGUCGACGCCUCUCAAUGUUACUACCGCUUGUUACCACAUUUCUUACCAGUGUAGAUGAAGAUGGAAACACCCAAGAAGGUCAACGUUGUGAACGCACGCUUCUCCUCUCAGUUUCUCAUUGCAAAUGCUGUAAUUGUUUUUGACGUAAUCUGAUAUUAAAAACGCGUAUAUGUUCAUCACAUAUAUUACGGCAAUAUUUAAUUGUUUUUUUUCUAAUGUUAAGAAAUUAAAAAUGGGAGCAACUGUCAGAAUUGUACGGAGCCCCUAA